UAAAUAGUGCACAUUUUAUCUCGUGAAUGUUUCACUUUUGGUUAAUUUCAUCGUAAAUAAAGUAUUCCAACAGCCAUGUUAACAAAUUAAACUUAAGAACCCGACUUAAUCUAUAUGUACCUUAAAUUAGUCAAGGGUUAACUUGUAUUUGUACUUAAUGAAAGGAGCGCCCUGUUUAAAUCACAUCAUGAAAGCUACUUUGCAACAGCGUGGGAAAAUAAGUCUAUCCCUCAAGGAGUGUGAUUUGGAACGUACUUUGCUUGGAGGACAAAGUUUUCGUUGGCGAUCCAUUUGUGAUGGCAAGAGAACGAAAUAUUCCGGAGUCGUUUUCAACACUUACUGGGUUCUCGAGCAGGAAGAGUCCUGCAUAACUUACGAGGCCUACGGAAGCACUCCCUCAAUAACAAUCCCUGUGGACCACACAUCCUUAAUAUCGGACUAUCUCCGGGCUGAUUUCGAUUUGAAACUUAACCAAAGCGAUUGGUUAAACAGAGAUGAGAACUUUGUAAAGUUCCUAAGUAAGCCUGUUCGCGUACUUUCUCAGGAGCCUUUCGAGAACAUUUUCAGCUUUCUCUGCAGUCAAAACAAUAACAUCAAGCGGAUAUCUUCUAUGAUCCAAUGGUUCUGUGGAACUUUCGGCACCAAGAUUGGCCAUUUUAACGGUUCCGAUGAGUUUACAUUUCCCACAUUGAAUAGAUUCCAAGACAUAUCAUGCGACGAUCUAAAUGCCCAAUUAAGGGCUGCUAAAUUCGGUUACCGGGCCAAGUUUAUAGCACAAACUUUGCAAGAGAUCCAGAAAAAGGGUGGACAAGGUUGGUUUAUCAGACUGAAGUGUUUGCCGUUCGAGAAGGCGCGCGAAGAAUUGACCCAGCUUCCCGGAAUCGGAUACAAAGUGGCCGAUUGCAUCUGCCUGAUGUCAAUGGGCCAUUUGGAGUCCGUGCCCGUUGACAUACACAUCUACAGAAUUGCCCAGAAAUACUACCUGCCACAUCUAGCCGGCCAAAAGAACGUAUCCAAAAAGAUAUAUGAGGAGGUUUCGAAUCACUUUCAAAACUUACACGGAAAAUAUGCCGGUUGGGCUCAAGCCAUUCUUUUCUCUGCUGAUUUGGGACAAUUUCAAGACACAUCCACAGAUGAUUCUAAAAAGAAAUCUAAUAAAAGGCUUAAAAAAUAAUAA